CUGUAUCGUUUCACCAAUCCAUUUUGCGACCGUAUUUUGUACGCUAAAUUUGAAUAUUUGAUCGAAAACUGGAAGCGUAAUAUAUAAGAGAAAACUUGAAAAGUGUACUUCUUGUUGAAAAAUGGUUUCUAUCUCUCUUCCAACUUCUCUUGUUACUGAUACUUUAUUAGAAGAUGAAGAAUAUGAUUUUCUUAAAAAAGGAUCAUCUGGAAAACUGUCAGAUGAAGAACUACUUGCAAGAACAAUUGAGAAAGCACUCAAAACAAAAAAGCUUGCACAGUCACCAAAUAUGACGUCAUCUAUAAAAGUUGAGACAUCUAUAAAAGUUGAGGAUUUGUUAGAUCAGAUUGGAAUAUGGCAUCCGUACCCACUCUUCAUCACAUUUUCUAUGGCAUUUUUAUGGUUACUCUCUGUAAUGCCGACAAUGUCACCAAGUUAUAUGGCUCCAUCUUCUCCAUGUACAUUGGAUAAUUGCUCAUUUGUAACUGUGCAAAAUGAGUUCAACAUCACUAAAACAUUGAUUGAUCCCGGUGAGAUGACCAGCUCGAUUUUCUUUUUAGGAAAUGGAAUUCUUGGACAAAUCUAUGCAGUUGCAGCUGACAGAAUAGGACGAAGACCUGUACUAAUUGCGAGCUUAUUCAUAUCUGGACUAUCAGGAAUUGGUGCAGCUUACGCCCCAACUUUUGAAAUUAUGCUAAUUGGUCGUUUUUUUCAAGGAAGUUGCUUUACAGCUUUAACAAUGAUCAACUGGGUGAUGUGCUGUGAAAGUAUUUCAUUUUCUGGACAUGGUUACGCAUCUGUACUGUUCGGAUUAUGUUGGGUAAUUGGAUAUUGUUCAGUUUCACCGCUUGCCAUGUAUUUCUCAACUUGGCGUUAUGUACAACUGGCCACAUCUGUUCCAUGUGUUCUUUUUGGAAUUCUCAUGAUGUUUACUCUACCCGAAAGUUUCUCAUUUCUGGUGGCAAAAAGAAAACGAGAUGAUUUGGUGAAAUGGAUAGAAAUGGCAUCAAGAGUUGGAAAUGAAGAAAUUGAUUAUGAUGCUGAUCAGAUUGUGGAUAUGUCAAGUAGAGAAGAAGAUAAUGAAUCACUUCUUCAGACAUUAAAACUUGUUCUCCAAUCAAAACUCAUGGUCACUAACACGGCUGUUGAAACAUUUUUAUGGAAAUUUUUUGACAAAAUUUUUACCAUUUUGAAAUAUUAAUUUUCAGGAUAAUUGAUUUAAUGAUCUACAGUGCUCUUUCACUCUCAGCAACAGGAGUUGGCUCUAAUAACAUGCAUCUCUCGUAUAUUUUUUCUGGUCUCGUCGAAAUUCCUUCUUAUUUUUUGAUUCCCGCCGCAAUUGACUGGUUAGGAAGAAAACCAUCCGUAAUGGUUUCUCAUUUGAUUCUUGCCUUUUCGCUACUCUCCAUGUACCUGUUUGAUCAUGAGGCUGAUCCAGAAAUAUUCUUGAUAAUUUGGCUCAUUGCCAAGUUUGCAGCUGCAUCUGCAUUUAUGCUGUGUUUCGUUUACGGAGCUGAACUUUUCCCAACAAAUUGCAGAAGUAUAUGCCUUGGUACUUGUGCGACAAUUUCAAAUCUUGGAGCAGUUGUUGCUCCUCAUGUCCCUGCAAUGGACAUAUUCUUCCCCGGACUCCACUACUUGUUUUAUGCGCUUUGCUCAUUUAUUUGUACAAUUCUAACGACAAUAUUACCUGAAACAAAAGAGAAUCAUAAUGUUCCAAGAAGUCAACAACAAUCGCUUGCAUAAUUUCACUGUUUUCAACAACAUUUUUGUUUCUUUUCCGGGUAUAAAC